AUGUCCCUUCCACCUCUCGCAACAUUAACCGUACAACAUGAUCAUGAAGUAUCUGCUUCAAAUAUACCGGUUCCCCCUCUAAAGGCCGCUCAGUAUAACACACCUGAUUGGACACAUGUACACCAUCAUGAUCUCCAACCAGUGCAGAACCUGGACGACGUGACUAUUGCUACCAACUCCGAAUGCCUUUUGCCAUUGGAUUUCACCCCACUUGGAAAUGGGUCAACUGGAUUCAAUACCGCUGGAUUAUUCAACCGCGGUGCCUUUGAGAACACCGAAAACCCGACGGUACGGGUCGGUGCAUCUGCGACUUCCUCGGCGUCUGGCUCGAUUGGCGGUCUUAUCUCAGUAGGAGCAUUUGCCAUUAUCAUAUUCGGCAUAUGGCUUCACUAUCGGAGGACGACCCGGACUUCAGUGUCUUGUUCUUCCACAUAUAGAGAACGCAAACCUCCACUCUCAACUUCAUUAAUUUCAACCGCGGUUUCAACACAAAAAGAUACAGGAAACACAUUCCGAACAUGGAGCUCUCCAGGCUCACCUGUCACUCCGGACAACGCCACGGAUACUAAGCUCAAUCCGGACUUUACACAUCCUAGUUGGCGGCCAAAUACUCUAACGACAAAACGACCCCGGAAGUCGAGCGCUUCGGGUUCACCUGUCACUCCAUCCUUUACUCAUCCUAGUUGGCGAUCAAAUUCCUUAACGACGAAAGGACCUCGAACGUCGAGCACUCCGGAUUCACCCACUCCGGACAAUGUCGGGGAUACUAAGCUCAAUGUAGACUUUACACAUCCUAGUUGGCGUUUAAAAACCUUAACGACAACAGGACCUCGAACGAACACUACGGGUUCAUCUGUCACUCCAAACGACGAUCCUACGGUCAAUGCAGACUUUACACAUCCUAGUUGGCGUUUGAAAUCCCUAACAAAAACAGGACCUCGAAUAUCGAGUGCUCCAGGUUCACCUGUCGCUCCAAACCACGUUCCCGUGCUUAAUGCAGAUUUUACACAUCCUAGUUGGCGAUUAAAUGCCAUAACGACAGAAGGAGCUCGAACAUCGAACACUCUAGGCUCACCUGUUACUCCGGCCUUUACACACCCUAGUUGGCGGUCGGACACCUUAGCCACUACAGAAGAACCUCGUACAUCGAGCACUCCGAGUUCACCUGUCACUCCGCGUUUGACAGCCUUAACCAUGAAAGGCAAAGGAUCGACCACUCCUACCAGUGAUAUAUCGCCACCUCUCACUCCAGAUACGCCCGGGAACAAUCAGAAUAUUGUGCUUCAUGCCCUGAACUUCACGCACGGUAGCUGGCGGUUGAUCGUGAACGCGUUGCGUCAUUUGGCGCGAGUGUAG